AUGAGCGGUGACAAUUGGCACUCGAAGAUUGAGGAAUUGAAGGAGAAGAACGAGGUGCUCGGGCUGACUCUGCAGCGGUCGAGGCACUCUGUGAAGCGGCUGAAGCUGGAGUACGCCGUGCUACUGGAGCGGUUGGAGCAACGGGUAGCAAUAAACCCGGAACUGAAGGCGGAUCAGCCGCUGCCCACUCUGGAGGACUUCAAGGAUGAGCUUCUGGCGAGACCGUUCAAAAGGACGAAGACGAAGAGGCAGAAGGCGAAGGAGAGGGACCCAAAUUUGCCCAAGCGGCCCACUAACGCGUACCUGUUGUACUGCGAGAUGAACAAGGACAAGAUCAGGGAAAACGGUUCGCUCGACGUCACGAAGGAUUUGACUGAGGGAUGGAAGGGCCUCUCUGAGGAACAGAGGGCGCCGUACUACAAACUGUACAACGAGGACAGGGAACGAUAUCACUUGGAGAUGGAGCAGUACGCCAAAAGCUUGGGAACAACACAGGGGGGCCACUCUACGAACGGAGAGGGCAGCACCCCGGUGAAAGUCAAGCAAGAGAAGCUGACGGAUGGACAGGGCGAAGACGACGAUGACGAUGACGAUGACGAAGAAGAUGAUGAUGAUGAUGAUGAAGAAGAGGAAGAAGAAGACGACGAUGAUGAUGAAGAUGACGACCAGACAAACAUAAUGUCUGGACCCGUUAGUUCAGAUGAAAAGGAUACGUCGUGA